AUGGUCAUCCUCUAUUCUUUCUCCCCGUCAGGGUUCUCUUCUAGUGAGAAGAUGACAGGUGUGUUCUCCUAUGAAAGCUCCUAUUUGGACUGGUGUGAGGCGAACUACAGGCACUCUGAACACAUAGUGGAGUACUUCAACACUGUAAGUGAACAUUAUUUAUUUCUUACAAUAUCCAGCUGAGAUAUACGCCUCUGUGCUUACUGUACCUUUUUAAAACUACAUUGCAGUUCACUUGUCUAAUUGUUGUAUUGCAUCUGUUCGAGGAGGACAAUCAUUUAUGGCCACAAUGAUGACAGAUAUAGUGGACAGGUGCAUCACUCACUGCAUUACAUUGUGAAUCCCUCUUUUAGAACACUCCUUCCUGUUUCUCCAGAUGAGCAGUCUGUUCUUCUUCGUGAUCUCCCCCAUCAUGCUGUACCUGCUGCACCCCUACGCCAGGGAGAGAAACCUGGCUGUACACCUGGUCUGGAUCAUGAUGAUCUUUGUGGGUGUGUGUCUCAACAAACAUCAGGCCAACCUUCAUUAAGCUGUAACACCACUCCCAAGGUGGCCUCAUCGGUCUGCUUUCAGUUCAUUCUGAAUUCCAUAAUAGCUCUUAACCUUUACCCCAUAGAUACAGGGUAGGGCCGUGGCUAGAGCCCAUUUAGGAACGGGGCAUUAAUGUGUGUCCCCUCCCUACAGGUCUCUUCUCUCCCUACUUCCACAUGACCCUGAGCUUCAUGGGCCAGAUGCUGGAUGAGCUGUCCAUCCUGUGGGUGCUGGGGCUCUGCUACACUCUGGUUCCCACGCAGGCUAUUCCCACGCAGGCUAUUCCCCUGCUUCAUCAAGGACAGGUUGGUCACCAUAACACCUGCUCAAGGCUUCUGUAGCCAAAACAUUGUCUGUGAAUACUGGAAGUAGCAUGUACCAUGUGUCGCCUGCCUGUCUCUAUUCAAUGUAGCCAUGGGGCAGCGUCCAUGUGUGUUCUCCCUGCUACAGGAUCAUGCGCCUGUUCUCUCUGUAUGGAACAAACGGCAGUACGUACUGUAGGCUGUUAAUAAGGCAGGAGACAAUGACAGGAUCUUUUUACAGGGCACGCCAGGUUGAAACAGAAGCCAUGCUAAGCCAGGAGCCUGACAACCAGGCCAGGAGCAGCCUGCAGUGUAUUAUAUUCACCAGCCAGUCGGAGAGAGGGGCUCCCUGGCUUUCUGAAUGACUCUCCCAUUAACACUGUGUUAAUAUUAAAGUAAAGGGUGGGAAAAGAUGAAUGCAAUAUUAAUGAGAGUGUGAACAUAAUCCCAAUUUGACUAUAAAAAGGGCACCUGGUUCAAUAGUCCCCAUUGAUUUACCUUCCAGUGUUUUCUGUGCUGCCGUGUGAAUCCUGUCAACUGUCUUCAAGUUCAUUGUGUGUCUCCUACACCCCACCCCUAACCCGGUCUCUCUCUCUCGCCCCCUGCAGGACGACUUUCUCCCGGCUGGUCAUGGUGAUCACUGUUGUCACCACCCUGUGCUCCUUUGUCAAACCCACUGCCAACGCCUACGUCCUCAACUGCUUUGCCUUCCACAUCUACUCAUUGGGUCUGGAGAUGAAGAUGUAAGGCAAUACCUCCCAUUAAUGUACUGUACAUUACUGUCUCUGGCUGUAGUUCACUGUCUGAUAACUGCUUUCUGUCUAUCUAUUGCUCACUCUCACUCUCUUUCUUCCUCUAUCUCUCUCGCUCUUUCUGUGUUUAUCGCUCUGCUUUAUUUUCCUCACUCACAGCUGUACUGACCAGAAGGUCAUGGUUAUGCUGGUCUGCUGUUGGCCUGUGGUUGAUGGCAAUCACAUGUUGGAUCAGUGGCCGUUUCGGAUGCAGCCUCUGGCAAAAGCUCAACUUCUGCUACCUGCAUGGCAUCUGGUAAGAGUAGGGUAGAGGACAAAAACUAAACUGAUGUGAAUAGAAGUUAGAUAUAAUAUUCUCUUGAUGUUGUGAAUAAUCAUGAACAGACUGACGUGUCUAUUCACUCUCUAGGCACAUUCUGAUUGUGAUGGCUGUAGCCUACGCAAGCACCCUGAUAGCCUACUUGGAUGCCAACUAUGAGAUACCCUACUCCCUGCCAGGCCUUCAGUACUGGCCCAGUGACAACUGUGCCCUGGGCUUGCCUUACAUCGUCCUGAAAGGAACCACCAAGACUCAGAAAAUAUGCUAGAGAACUUUCAACUUCUGCAAGAGACAACUUGAUGGCUUUGGUGAUAAAAUGUGCUAUGUAGUGCCAUGCAAGUAAAACUGUAAAAAAGCUGUGCCUUUCGUUUUACUUAGCAGUGACUCAGUUUUGAGAAAUGGUUGCAAUUCAUUAGAUUGCUUCUUAUUUGAUAUGAUAGUAGAAUCAACGCCACUCAGGUCAUCAAGUUCGAUGUUUGCAUAGUAUGUUUGGUGUAUACGUGUGAGAGAAUGAAUGUGUGUAUGUUUGUAUGCAUUUUGUGUUCAUUGAUUAAUGCACUCAUCUGUAAUUUGAGUCCAUAUAUGCAUGGAUAUUCU